AUGACGCAACAAAAUCUUGCUGUAAAACUAUGUGGAGUGCUACAAGCUCAAGCCGAUGAAGAGAUAACAGCACGAGAGUGGCGAUUAUUAGGGCAAGAGCAAGAUGGAACUCAAGUUCUUUCUUGGGUGUCGGUAAAAAAUAACAAGGAAGUCAUGAACAUUGGUGUCUAUACCAACAGCACUAAAACUCUGUCUAUAUUGUAUACAUUUGAAGAGAAAAUAAAUAUAAUACAAGCUUCUGUGAAUUCAACGCAGAGUUUAUUAAUUUAUGUUGUAAAAAUUCUACCCAAAGAAGACGAAGAGAGCCAAGAAUCUUUGUAUUGUCCAUACCUGAUUUCAUUACUUCCUGAUAAAAUAAGUGAACCAGAGGAAAUUGAGGAGUGCUCAACAAGACAAAUUAUGUUGCAAUACAUAUAUGGGAAGAGCAAUAAAUAUAGCCCUGGCAUUAGAAAUGAUAGAUUUUUGUUGUUCAAACAUUUAGAAUACAUCAAGAUAUACCGCUCACCAAUGUUCCUCAAUGAGUGUGAUGACGGAACCGAGAAAUGGGGUUUCGACGGCAUCUAUCCAGAGCCAGAGACAAUCGUGAAGGUGUUCUCUUGGGCCCAAUGGGACUGUGUCAAUCAGGUUUUGUUCUACAUCCAUUAUCGUCUGCCGGCGCAUAGCUUCGCCGAGGGAGAGGAGGUGAAAUCGCCGAGCGAAAUGACGCCGACGCUCUCCGCUCUUCAGUUCCACGCCGACCUGCCCCACGAGACAGUGCUGAACAUCCCGCUGAGCCUGCCGCAGGCGGCGGGCGCCGGCGCGGCGUGCGGCUCCUACGAGGACGACCCGGUGCCGCUGCGCGUGCACGACUGCGGCCUCGACCUGCACAUAGUGUGCGACACGCGCGGAAUCCUCUGCGUCUGCCACCACUACCUCUACAAGCCUCUAGACGACUCCACCACAUCGCUGGUCCUGGAGGACAGCGCGGAGCUCAAGGAGUCGGGCGUGAACUUCGCGUAUUCCGUGACCUUGCUGCAUCACGGCUGCGUGGUGCACAGCGUGGUGCCUGACCUGCCCUGGAACCUCGCCAAGUCUUUGCGGCCAUCGUAUACUCUGUAUGAAGACAACCAUCUUCUGGUGAACAUUCCAAUGCUGUUCACCCAUUUGAUAGACAUCAGUAUGAGCCACGAGCCUUGCUCCCACGUGGUGAUACCUAUGGAGCAGACCGAGAGUGGGCCGAGCCUCGCCCCACUGCUGGGCUGGGGGCCCCAUGCCAUGGUGGACCUGAACACCUUGGACGUGGUCACAAUGACCAUAGCGGAGAAGGAGCUGGUCGCAACGUUCAAAAGUGACACCGUGAUAGAAAACAAACUCGGGAUUAUACACUAUCUGUUGCUGCAUGAAGGAAACCUGGAGUUGGCUGAAGAGCUGGUGUCGUGGGCCUGCGUGAGCCAGCGCGAGUGCGCGGGCGGUGUGCAGCGCAUAAUGCAGGAGUACCUGGUGGGCUACACGUACGCCGCCACGAGGCGCUCGCUGCCCGCCUCGGCGCUCCCGCUCAUGGCCAUGCUGCCCUUCUCGCUGCACCUCAAGUUCGCCGACGUCAAGGCCGGCGAUGUAUCGGUGUCCGUGAGCCAGGAGAAGCUGUGGAACAGCGCGGCGGUGGUGCUGGCGCCGAGACAGCGCGUCAGCCAGUUCGCCGAGGACACUUGGACUAGGCUGUGGCGGGCGCUGACGGCCAAGCCGCGCCGCCGUCUGCAACCGCCAGACGUGCUGGAUCGCCUGCGCGUCUCCCUGCACUGCUACCAGCCCGAGGCGCUGUCGCGCUGCAGCACGCCGCUGUCGCCGACUGCGAGCGGCCCGAUGGCGCCGCGCCGCUCCUCCUUCGCGCCGCAGGACUCGCUCCCCUUCUACGAGCUGGACGUGUGCACCGCCAGCAAACAGGAGCACAUCAUCGCCGCGUGUCUGAGAAUCGGUUGCUACGACGCGGUGGGACAGAACUUGCGCGCGGUCAGCGUGCACCUGCUGCGCGAGCGCGGCGAGGCGGGCGAGGGGCGCGGCGGCGGCGAGGCGGCCGCGCCCGAGGGCGGCGUGCACGCCCUCGGCACGCGCUGGGCGUCCGCGCAGCUCGAGGCGGCGCGCUCGCUCUGCCGCGCCGCGACCCGCGCGGCCGCCGUGCCCGCGCACCAGCGCGGCUUUGCGCUCAUUGACGAAAUGGACCCUACGCACGCGCUGAUACUGUUCAAAAUCCUCGAGCAGUACUACCUGGCCGCCGAGUCGGUCGCGUUCCCUCUGCCGCAGGGCUUCAGCUCUUUCUUCACGUACUUGGGCUACAGGACGCUGCCGUUCCACGCGUUCGUGCAGCACGUGCACCGCAACGUGUUCGAGUUGCAGAUAGACGUGCUCAAAGCGAUCAUCACAGGCCGGGACGACGACGAUAAGCGGACGGUGAACAACAAGCUGCGGCUGGUGCAGCUGGCGGGCGAGGCGCGCGGCAGGCGGGCGCUGGGCGCGUGGCGGCACCGCGCCGCGCUGCAGCUGCGCGCCAGGGACCACGCGGCGGCGCUGCUCAGCGGCGGCCUGAGCGCCACGCACGAGCGCGCCAGGCACCGCCCGCUGCGCGACACCGAUGCCGGCUUGUGUCAUACGGUGCCAGGCAAUGCCCGCUGCGCGACACAGGUACGGCUGCCAGGGCGGUUGGCCCGCGGGUGCCUCUUUUGUGUAUCGGAGCGGCGGUUCAUUGUAAUUGGGCAAUGCAAGACCAGAACGAGCGGUUGGUCCUUGAGUGACUCGGUUUGUAUAGUGGAGGUAGAUCUUUGUGACUGGCCGUUGGUAUUGAAGAUGCUGGCUUGUGUCAUGCGGUGCCAGGCACCGCCCGCUGCGCGACGCAGCGGGCAUAGCCGCUCUGCCGUCUGGAGAGCGCCUCUCGCCCCUGGACACGUUCCUCGAUCUGCUGACUGCCAAGGCGAGCCUCAACGAGCUCGACUUCAACCUCAUCAUAGAGGCGACCCUCGCGUCGAUCCAACAAGAGACUGCCGCGUAAAUACGAGAGCUUGUUUGGAUGCAUCGCGGAAUCAACCUGAGGAACCAUCACCAGUCGACUUUUAUACA